AGCCUUUUUUGCCGCCCUGCAACGCUCCAAUAGCGACGGCAGUGAUGACGCAGCAGCCUCCCAGCUACUGAGAAGAAUCCUCUCUGGCAGCGGAGCCCUUCCAAGCCCCGCGGGGCAAACGGCAAGCCUUGCGUCCGCCCAUUUGGCAGGUGCUCCGCGCCGCUGUCCAUUGGCUAGUCUCCUCACCCACGUGCCACGUUUGAACGCGCGAUCUGGCGGGAGAACUUGCAGUUGCCAAAGACCAAGGUUCGUAGAAGUCCCGAGCCAGCCCUGCACACGUCGGAAGAGGAGACCCCCGUGCCUUCUUUUCUGCAGCGUCUCCUUCCUCCUCCUCUGGGGACGACCGCACCGCCUAGCCAUGGGCAAUACAGAGUCUGUCCCGCUUGAAGUAGCGAUGCGCCUCAGCUUUAGUAGCAGCAGCAGCAGUAGCAACUGGAUCCCUGGCGUCCCUCCACUGGACACCAGUCAACCGGCUCGCUCUGUAUCCCACAGGCCUUAUUACACACUGCCUAAUGGUAACCAUGAGAGGCGGUCUGUCCUCACCAUUGCUGAGCCUCCACGAUUCCAUUUCCAGGCCAAAGGAAAAAACAUACGCCUGGAUGCCAAUUCCCGCAAGGCCACUCGGAGGAACAGUUUCUGCAAUGGCAUCACUUUCACCAACCGGCCCAUCCAUCUCUAUGAGAAAGUGCGUCUCAAGCUGGUGUCUGUGCACCAUGGGUGGAGUGGGGCACUGCGCUUUGGCUUCACCACUCAUGAUCCAUCACAGAUGUGUGCGGAUGACAUACCAAAAUAUGCCUGCCCAGACCUAGUGACACGGCCGGGCUUCUGGGCCAAAGCUCUGCCAGAGAGGUUUGCACUAAGAGACAACAUCCUAGCAUUCUGGGUUGACCGCCAUGGGAGAGUUUUCUAUAGCGUUAAUGAUGAAGAGCCAAUUCUGUUUCACUGUGGCGUCAAAGUCUCCGGUCCUCUCUGGGCACUGAUAGACAUCUAUGGAAUCACUCAUGAAGUACAAAUCCUAGACAGCAUGUUUGCCGAGACUAUGACCUCCACCCGUCUCAGCAACGCACGACUCAGCACUUGCCUUCCACAGAGCAGCCAUGAUUCUGCCAAUUUCAACAACAAUGAACUAGAGAACAACCAAGUGGUAGCCAAAAUUGCCAAUCUCAACUUGAGUCGUAUGCCUGGGCUGCCGACAGAUAAUCACACCAUCCCUUGCUGCCCAAGCAGGCGGCAGCUUGCCCAAGUGGUGCCUGCCUUUCUAGAUACAGACCUGCGUUUCCACCCUACUCGUGGGCCUGACAUUAACUUUUCUCAGGACCGGAUGUCCGCCUGCACCAACUGGCAAGAGAGCAAUAGAACUUUGGUGUUUUCUGACCGACCUUUGCACAUUGGCGAGAGCCUCUUUGUGGAAGUAGGACACCUGGGGCUGCCGUACUAUGGAGCCCUCACGUUUGGCAUCACUUCUUGUGAUCCAGGUACUUUACGGACAAAUGAGCUCCCAGCAGAUCCAGACUUUCUUCUGGAUCGCAAGGAGUAUUGGGUGGUUUGCCGAGGAUUCCCAGUUCUCAACAAUGGUGAUAUCCUCAGCUUUGUGGUCUUGCCAAAUGGAGAAGUGCACCAUGGAAUAAAUGGGAUGAACCGUGGGAUGCUGAUGUGCGUUGAUACCUCGCAGUCACUGUGGGUAUUUUUCACAAUCCAUGGUGUAAUCAAUCAACUCAAAAUAUUAGGCACUGUGCAGUCCAGCCCUGUGGCCGUCUCCCCGUCAGGAUCCCCUGGAGGUUCCCAGUAUGACAGUGAUUCAGAUAUGGCAUUCAGCGUGAACAGAUCCUCUUCUGCUUCUGAGUCGUCCCUAGUGACUGCUCCAAGUUCUCCUCUGAGCCCUCCAGUGUCUCCUGUGUUCCCACCUCCAGAACCCUCAAGCAGCAAGAAUGGGGAGUGCACCGUUUGCUUUGACAACGAGGUGGAUGUGGUGAUCUAUACCUGUGGACACAUGUGCCUCUGCAACACCUGUGGUCUUAAGCUGAAGAAACAACUCAAUGCCUGCUGCCCAAUCUGCCGACGGGUCAUCAAAGACAUUAUUAAAAUCUACCGUCCUUAACCCCAAUCCAACUACCCUGAGGGUGUGAGUGGUGAGGGGCAGGAGGAAGAAUGUUGCUAGCAAUUGCCACACCUUACCGUCACUGCUUAUGGGUUAUUGUGCUGGUCAGUGGUUACCAAGUGGCUCUUUUGUCUAUAUAUCCAUGUUUUGACCAAUCAGAGAUAAUUAAGUGAUCUGGGAUCACUCUGGUCCUUGUAGAGACUGAAGGUGUAGCUGCAGAGUGGGAAGAGCUUCAUAAAGAUGCUGCUCUGUUGGGUUAAAAUGAUGGGGAUGUUGUAAAUCCACUUGCCUUGUAGAUUCCAAAAAGAAAAUUGGAUUGUCUUAUAAAAAUAGACAGCUUUCUCUUCUUGGGAAAGGUAUCAGGAGAAAAUAAUUAUUUAAAUUAAAAAAAUGUGGGCACCUUCCCCACCAUAAUCAUGGGAUAUUAUUGAAUUAAGCAGCUUCCAGGCAGUUUCAAACAGAGGAGGAUGAGGAAAAUAUUUCAUUUACCAAAUGUUUCCUACAGUGGCCAACAGUUGCACCACAGAGUGCAAUGACUCCUGUCAUCUUCUAAAAGAGUGGUGAGCAAGGCAAAAGCCACUGGAUGCCAUUUGCUCACUCCAAGGCAUUUUUCCAUUCACAGUUCAAAGAGGGGGGCAGGGGUAUGAGGAAUAGUGAAGGACGAACAGCUAUCGCUGUCCUUCGAGCACAGCAAGUAAACAAUUCUACUUUCAUCCUCCGUAAAUCACAAGUUGAAGCUUCCAGCUGUUGCACUAAGCAACUGCAAAGCGCAUCUCUAUCUGGAGAAUUUUACAUUUAUUGGAAGGAGUAAGUCUCUGCAUGUGCACAAGAGGAACACCAUAUGCCAUAGAGGUUAUGAAUGGUCACAGGCAAGCAACCAUCCGCUGUGACAAUUUUGACGUUUCCUUGUAACAAGGCUGCAAAGGAAGAAAGCUGGAGAAUUUUGGGUUUCAAAAGUCCAGUUUCCUUUCUUGUGAUUUGUGCAAACAGCUGAUUGAUGUUUUCCUCCAUUCCUCCCCAGAGAUUUCGUUAGAAAAGUAUGCAGCCAUAUGGGAGCUGUCAUUUCUUCUUCUCCAGGAAGUUGUCAUCUAUUCCACAAUGGAGGCAUCUUACUGAAAUUAAAAGGCCCUUUUCUUGGCAUUGUUUGUUGGAAAAAGAAUUAGCAAGCUAUUAUUAGGUGCUUGGGCUUUAAAGAUAAAUGCAUUCUGAUUGUGGUCAUAGGCAGCUUUGAACUCUGCAAUAGGCUGAAUAUAAUGGGAAAUGUUCUUGGGCUUUAAGGAAGAGGUGCCAAGCAAGCAAUAAAAGAACUUUCCUAGGAUCCCACAAAGCACAAAUGCUCACUUUCCCUUGUGACUGUGCUAAGAGCCAUUGUCAACUCUAUGCCAUGUCUCCCCCCCAAAAAAACUAUUCUGAGCGUUUAGGGCCCUUCUAGGAGGCAGACGGCUGUUUUUCUUUUGGGUGGCAUACUUUGAUGCAUUGUUAUAAGAGAAAUGUAAGCCAGUGGAAACAUUGGCCAUAACUGAUAAGACAUGUGGAUCCCUUGGUAGGUGAAAUAAUAUAGUUUAAGCUGGAAUGCAGCAAUGCAGUAAAACAGACUAAGUCUGUUUAAUGAACAUGGAGUGUUUUGUGAAUAUAGAGUGUGGACUAAGCUUCUCAUGAUGACUUAACCAAAACGGCUGUAGCAGUUGUACUUCAUGGAGAGCUUAGCCUCUGUUUGUCUCUUUCUCUCUUUUUAGUUUUAGUGGUUUUCUAACCCUCAACUGUACUCACACUGUUCAUGGGUUGCACUAGAAGCUGUUGAAUGCCAGUGGCACAAUCCCUGCAGCCUUAAGUUGCCAUCAGUUGCAAUUACUUAUUGCGAAAGGAAAGGCACUUCAAAGGCAUAAAAUAUGAAAAUAAGUUUCCCCUUUCUUUACAGGACAGAUAAUAUCUUUUGUCAACAGGAAAACCUGUUUCUUUUCCAUUUUAGAAUGCUUUGAGACAACAUUGUGGUGCAUGCCUUCCAGUAACUUUACAGUGCUUUUGAGCAUCCUAAUUACCAUACAGAAAUGUGAAGGACAGUGAAGUCAUCAGUUUCUAUAAACAACUUUUGCCCACAUGGAAUGCAACUACUUUGUGUUGAGACAAGUAACUGACACCUAAACUAACAGUCUUUUCAGUGAAUAGAAUGUCCAUAAACAUUUAAUUCAUUCUCUUACAUUUAACAUAUACACUAGCAGCUGGAGUUCAUAACUAUGGAGGGACAAUUAACACUACAAUUAUACAACAUGGAGAUACUGUCCAGGUAGCAUUGCAAGCAGCACAGCUCAUCAGAAGAUUCCAGGGACUUGCAUUACCUUCAAGCAGAUGUGGGGAACCUUUAGCACUCUAGAUGUCAAUGGGUAGGAAUGACUGAAGGUGUAGCUUAGCAACAUCUGGAGGGCCAAAGGUUCUUAGCAUCUGCCUUAAAGAGUGUGGAUUUUUGCCUUUUGCUGGCAUUAACUUCUGAGCUGAUAGGCAUGUAUUUUGUACAUCCAUGAGCAUAUUAACGGUGAGUAUCUGAACAGGUUUAAGGUGCAAAGGAGAUGUGAUACUUGGGUUGGAAGUUGGAGUAGAUUUGACUUGGGCAAUUGGGCUUGUAUGAUCACAGCCCUUGAUGUUUGCCACAUGCACGACAAGAAUAUUUUCCUAACAUCUUAAUUCGAUCCUGGAUACCUAGCUAGCUACUGUGCCAUUAAGCAACAUAUCUAUAAAUCAUAAUGAAGCUGAAUGGAUUUUUUUUAAAGCUGCUGCCCCUAGUUACUCUCAAAAGCCACAGUUAGAGAAGUAGUUGGAGAACCUUACCAGAAAGAAGUAAGCAGGUUUACAUAUUUGUAGAACAGCCAUAAUUGUAAGGAAGUAUGGCAGUUUUAAUAAUCGGUGUGUGUUCUCUGGGUACUGAUCACUACUUCCGUUCUCUGUUCUAGUCUGUUCCUACUCCUUUGGCUUUGAUGUUCCUCUCCUCCCCCCCCCCCUUAGCAGCUGUAACUUUGAUUAAAUUGUAUUGGCUGCUGUGUGUCAUAUGAAAGUCUACUUGAGCAUUGCCCUUUAUACCUUUGGACUAGAUCUAGUGCACCCACACACACACACAGGGAUAAGUCCCAUUGGUCUCAACAGAGUUUACUUCUGAAUAGAUGCGUAUAGAAUUGUGCUAUAAGUGACCUUGGAACAGUGUGCCUUUUUAUUUUUACUAGUUUCCACUGCAGUUGAAUUUUUAAAAUAAAUUUAUAGAUCUAUGAUAAUGGUACAAAAUGAGACAGUUCAGAGGAGGAAAGGACAUAUGUUUUCUUAAUUAUUUCUGCUGGAGCAGAUUUCCCAAAAGCAGCAGCAUCUGACAGAGGCUCAGAGGGCUUUAGGCAGGGUAAGUCCACAGCCAGAGUGUUGCUGUGAAGCAGGUGGGGAAAAGAGCAGUAAUGGACAUACAGCUUUACUUACUGCAGUCUCAUAAGGAAUUUUCAAAUUCUGACAAACAACUUUUAGAAAGUAGAGGCUAUUUAGCAACUUGUUCUUGCUAUUGCUUUUUUUGUUGAAAAAAGUCUCUGUUCAGAAGAUCUGUUUGUGCCUUAUAAGGGUGUCUGUGCACUUUUUAUCCUUUUUAAUGCUACUUUUAAAAAUUGAGAGAGAAAAAGAACCUAAUACUGAUGGCUGGUAGUUUUUAUAGAAUUUUAUGUGUUCACCAAGAACUUUGCUUUUUUUUUAAUAUUGGAGUGAAAAUUUUAUGUUUUCAUUGAAUUUUUGCCUCUUCCCCUUUUCCUCUUUGUAUAAAAGCUUUUUAAAAAGUUUCCAGAUUUCUAAAACUUCUUGAUAUUUUUCUGGUUCGUGACAGUGAUCUGUACAUCACAUUCUCAAACAAGCCAAUCUCUGUGUAAUAGACUUUCAAUGCAAAUUACUGGGGGAGGGACGUUUGCACUUCUCUCCAUGUUAAUACUCUUUAGUAUUGUGAUCUGUAGUGUGUAUGUGCGUUUUUUAUUUUGGUCUGUUUUACAUUAAUUUAAUAUAAAAUUUUACUUGUUCAUGAAAGAAAUAAAAUGCUGGCUUGUAAAUAUACCCACUGGCCUACAGUAGACAAAGGUAAAAAGCAGAGAGUAUGUCUGGUCAUCAUUGUGAGAUUCAGAAACAACUAGUCACAAGGAGAAAAAUUUUUGUUGGCUCCAGGUCAGGAGUUUUCACCGUCACUAAAUAGGGAUUUGCUGUAGAAGUUUAACUGCAUCAUCUGGUCCGUGGUAAAAAUCCAAACUUUACAAUGCAGGACUGACUCAUAGCUCCUCUUGUUAAGGUGAUUGGUUAAAGUAGUGCCAAAAAUGAUAACAAACAAAACAUGAUCAAUUACUUUAUCAAAAAUGUGAAGUAAGACAAUGCCUUUACUUUUCUCCUUUCAUUACUUCAAAAAGCUAGCAAUAGAUCAUAGUAAAGCAACAUGUUGGCUGAAAAGCCUCUGUUACUAUCUCACUGAAGGACCUUACAACGUGGCAAACAAUUUACCAUAUAUUCCGGCGUAUAAGACGACUGGGCGUAUAAGACGACCCCCAACUUUUCCAGUUAAAAUAUAGAGUUUGGGAUAUACUCACCGUAUAAGACUACCCCUGCUUAUGACAUGCAGGUACUUAGCAGGAAAACUGUCACUUAUAAACUUAUAAAUAUUAAUAUUUGGAUUGUCCAGUUGUUUUGUUUUUGUGCCUAGGAAUUACCACCAAAAACUGGGGAAAGAUGUAAGAAAUCUUUUUUUAAAAAGCAACAUUAAAUGCCUAGACUCUAGUUUCCAACACUAUGGAGUAUUUAUUGAUUGAUUAAGAGAAUUUAUAUCCUGCCCUUUUGCUGUUAAAAACAGAGCUCAGCACAGCUUACAAAUAUAGUAAAAACAAUAAAAAUACACAAUCAGAGAAAAACAAGCCAAAAUGUUAGGAAAAGGAGUCUUUCACACCACAUGCUCAGUUCUAAAUACUGUUGCAGCAAGUUUUACAAGUUCCUCCAGUAUUCCACUGGUGCAGGCACUCAGACAUUCAAAGUACUGUAUGUUUCUUAGGUUUUAUAAAAGCAGAGCUUUGCUUAACUCAAAAUUUCUUCCCCCUUUGAUAACCACAUCUACACAGGUUCCACCUCCAUACUCAAAAUGAAACUGAGCCUGGAAGUGUACAACAACCCCACACAUACCUUGCUAAUUCGAUUAUC